AUAAAAAUAUAGCAGGCAUUGUUAAAGAUCAGUGUGUGUCUUGAAAACACUAGCUCUGUUGACAAGUUAAUGGAAUUUGGGAGUUGUAUGAAUUUAUACGACGUAAUUGUUUUUUUUGUUAAAUUCAAUUUAUCCGAUGCCUGGAGAUUUUUGAAAAAUACCCCGUCCCAGCUAUGGAAAGGAAACCAAUGCAGUAUCUACACGAAGUCCGGAAUUUUUUUUUUCUGUGGAGCAAACUAUCAUUAAGGUUGGGACUUACAUUUUCCUUCGAAUUUGCGUUUUCUGAAUUUCCAACUUGAAGAUUAAUUGACCUCUCGUAAAACCAAUAUGUAGCAGAAUAUAAAAAAUAUUUUCCUUCCUUUUCUGCCCCAAGCUUGAAUUUGAAAUCCUCUAUCCACGUACAAUCCUUCGUAUCUGAUGCUUUUCAGUGUUCAAAUUACUUCAAUUUUCCUUCUAGUUCCCUGGAACAGCUUGGAAUCCAAGUGUUGCCUAGCCUCACUACCAUUGUUACAAAAAUCAUUGUAGAAAGAGCCCACCUGUACAUCCGAAAAGUAGUCAGUUCAGGUUUUACAAAUGACAUCUUGAACGGUUUCCGAUUUAUCUAAUUUUAUUGAUGCAGCAUUUUCCUGAAUGAACGGAUCAGUGGCCGUGAUUUUCAACUAUUCCAAUUGUUGUGACUGUUUUUAUUUCCAGAGGAGUGAAAUGGAGACGUCGGAACUAAUGUCCGAUAAACCUUUUGGUGCAAAAGAUCAGCAUAAAAUAAGUAAGCAACGCGCGAAAAAAGCCUACGAAGUCGGAGUUUCUCCCGGAAAUGUCAGCUGUUCAAAUUGUUCGAGCAACAUCGAUCCCAAUAACCUGAUGCUGCGUAGUUUAUCAAAGUUUUCGAAAUCUGCGGCCGGCUGGUCCCAUGUUGUUUGUCUUCUGAGAGCCACGCGAAAAGGUGCGAAGAAAUCCGAAAUUGAAGGCUAUAAAGAACUCGAAUCGGAACAGAAGAAAGAUCUGGAAGACCUACUAACCCGGCCGUUCCUGGAUGAAUUUGUCGUUGAGUACGCCAAAAGUUACGAGUCUGUAUGUCGUGGUUGUGGCUCAAAAAUUGCGAAAGGUGCUGUCAGGAUCGGAAAACUGGAUGAUUCGUCGGAAGUCGCGCAGAAAUAUGGACCAUCUUAUCGAUGGCAUCACGUUGAAUGUUUCGCAUCUGCACGGGAAUUGCUGGGCUUUUUGAAAGGUGGAUACAUGCUGUCUCAGUUCGAGAGCUUGUCAAUGGAUGAUAAGAGAUACGUGAUAGAACAACUACCAACCAUUCAGCAUGGUGCGAAUGAUCAGACUGAUGAGCUGGACAAUGAUGAGAGUGUUGCCGAUGUCUUAGCAUCUCUUUGCUCCGUUGAGGCGGAAUUCAACGAAAACAGCAAAGAUGACGAUUUGUUCUUGCAGAUUGAAGACCCGAAGCAGGAACCCUCUUCACUCAAUUUGCUCCUGUGCUAUUGUGAUGCAAAAGAAAUUACAGCAGUGCUCCAACCGGAAACUACAAUUCAACUUCCAGAACAAGACCCUGAGAAAGUUGCUCUGGCAGAGAAAGUCGCAGCAAUGGAAGCCCAAUUAGCUGAACUUCGUUCAAAACUGACCGGAGGACCAGUUGUCGAAUCCUCUCAGAAGUCUACCGAAUCACAACCCGAGAAUCUUUUUGUUUCUGCUAACAAAUCGCGAUUUGGUGACGACGCUGCGAGCCUCGUACCCGAAUCAAACGCCGUAGUUGUCUCCGGCCCAAAACCUGCCUUGAUGACUCCAUUAAACUCCGAGAAACUGUCACAAUUCAAGGAGAAUACUCAGAAAACCGAAAAGAGCUUCGAAGCUUUGCGGAAUGAUUUGAUGCUGUCGAGUGAUGAGGAGGAAGAAAUGCGUAAUCCGAUGGAGCAGCGUUACAACGAAUACGGGAAAGAAGUGCGGAGAAUCUCUCGGAAACAAAAUAUAGUUAUUGACUACGAAGAAAAAUUGGCGAGGAUGAAAUCGAAGAUUUACCUGGAUGAAAGCAUGAAUAGGAAGAGGAAAGGGUCGAAUACUGCACUCGUCAAUCCUGUCAGCGUUGACAAUGAUCUUGGUCCUGGGGGUUACAGCGAAGCGAAGACCAAAAUCCGCAUUGUAACGCCUUUGAUUGGCUCGAUACAACUGGAAACGAUGUUGAAAGAAAAAGUAAUUUACACGCUUUCGACGAUAAAGAUGCACCUGAGAGGAGGAAAAAUCGACACUGAUGGCGAUUGGGUUGUCAUGGGCGUUAUCAUAGGCAAAGGUCAUCCGAAGAUUUCUAAAAAAGGCUCCCAGUUUUCGGUGCUGAGUUUAAGUGACUUGACUGGAGACUGUACUCGAGUUGUAUCAGUGAUGCUUUUCGGCAGAGCGCAUGAGAAGUUGUUCAAGCUUAAUCUUGGAACCGUGAUCGGAUUGUUGAAUCCGUCCAUAUUGGAGAACAGGGAUGGACGAUUCGGCGUGGAUGCGACGUUAUCAGUAAGCACGCCUGAUCGUGUUCUAGAGAUUGGUCAGUCGAAAGACUACGGUCUCUGUCAGGGAAGGAAGAAGGAUGGUACCGCAUGCGUUGUUCCAGUUAACAAAGCAACUUGUCAGUUUUGCGUGCAUCAUCUUCAGGGAGAGUACCGCAAAGCUGCUGCAAAACGCCAGAGUUUGAACACCGGAUUGAACAGCGUUGACCCGAAAAGGCGUUUUUCUGACAAGAUGUGCUUGGGCGGAAAUGUUGUUUGCCUUGAGAGCUCUGAAGGCCUCGCGGACGCGAAGAGAAGGAAGCUGUCCAUGAGUGGAUUGGCCAAAAAUAACACUGCCCAGUCGCUGGGGUCUGUGGAUAAAUUGAAGCACUUGAGCGACGCGGAAAAAACUGCUGUCACGAAGUUUCGGAAGUCUGACCCUGAACUGUGA